CGAGUCACCGAGCGGACGUGUCGCGCUUAAUGUUAUACGAUUUCAGAAUACUAAUCGAAUACGCGUGUAUAUUACUCUACUACAAUUUGUUUCUCUACAAAAUAAUCGACACUGUGAUAGAAUAUUAUCUGGAACGCCUAGCGAGUUUGUGGGACUUGGAUUUAGAUUAGUAAUGUGAUAUUGUGGUGACAAAAUAUUUAUUCAACCUGUGAUAUUAGUUUAGUGAUUUUUUUAUACCAAAAUGACCCAACAGACCGGAGUAAUUACUAUUCAUCAAAUGCGUUUGCACCGUUGUGAGGGGUGUCUCGCGGCGUGCGGGCGACGUGCACCCGCGGCGCCGCUGCCCACUUUGACCAGGAGUAAACUUCUAAAACGUGCGAGACGCUCCCCCUACUCGCCCCCGAAGAUGAGCAAAGACAAUAGCGCUGCCAAGAUGGCGGAGCCCGCGCCUCCAACGCCUCCAGACAAUAAUGCACCUCCAAUGCCCUGGUUCGGCAUGGACAUCGGCGGCACAUUAACCAAGCUGGUAUACUUCGAACCACGCGAAACCAACCGCAAGGAGAUUGACAAGGAAACUGAGGUUCUGAAGAACAUCCGCCGGUACCUCACCAGGAACGCGGCUUAUGGGAACACUGGCCGGCGGGACGUGCAUUUGCAGAUGGACAACGUCCAAAUCCGCGGUCGUCGCGGCACCCUCCACUUCAUACGGUUCCCUACGUCCGAAGUGGGUGCCUUCCUCCAGCUGGCCCGGUCCAAAGGCAUGGCCGACCUGGUCAAUACUAUAUACGCGACCGGCGGCGGCGCUUACAAGUUUGAGGAGGACUUCAUCAAGGAAGUGAACAUGAGUCUAUCGAAGCUCGACGAGCUGGACGCAUUGAUCGCAGGCGUUUUAUUCGUGGACGCUAUGAACGCUCAGGAGUGCUACUACUGGGCGCCGCCUGAUGAGCAACCCGUCCAUAGACAGCCUGGCGACUCGCCACCAUACUCCGAGGCGGCUCUAAGUCUCUACGUGCGCAAACCGUUUGACUUCUCAAGCCCGUACCCGUUCCUACUGGUCAACAUCGGAAGCGGCGUGUCUGUGCUGGUGGUCAACGCUCCCGAUGACUAUUACCGCGUCAGCGGCACUAGCUUAGGAGGUGGGACUUUCCUUGGCCUCUGCUGCCUUCUAACCGGCUGCAGCAGUUUCGAAGAGGCUAUAUCGCUCGCGGCGGCUGGAGACAACACUACUGUGGAUAAACUGGUGCGGGACAUCUAUGGAGGGGACUACGCUAGGUUCGGACUGCCGGGAGAUUUGGUCGCGAGCAGCUUCGGCCAGAUGGCGUCGGCUGAUCGCCGCGCCAAAGUGUCUCGGGAGGACCUCGCUAGGGCCACUCUCGUCACCAUCACCAACAACAUCGGCUCCAUUGCCAGGCUGUGCGCUUCUAACGAGAAUAUUGAGAGGGUGGUGUUCUGUGGGAACUUUCUGCGAGUGAAUCCGUUGUCAAUGAAGCUUCUAUCCUACGCCAUGUCGUACUGGUCGCGAGGCGCAUUGAAGGCACUCUUCUUGGAACACGAAGGCUACUUCGGCGCAGUCGGCUGCCUCCUCCAUUUAGACUUGAAGCAGAAACAGCAAAGUGCGUCACGCCACGCCACGCCCCCUACCACGGAACCGAGUCAAGCGGACAGGUGA